CGCCCCGGAGCAGACUUCCUGACAGACACCAGAUGCCCUGGGUGAGCAGCAGCCGCUGUGAACGGCUGAGCCAUGGGGUGCACGCGCGACGCCAUCCUGGAUGCGCUGGAGAACCUGACAGCCGACGAGCUCAAGAAGUUUAAGAUGAAGCUGCUCUCAGUGCCACUGCGUGAAGGAUAUGGGCGCAUCCCACGGGGGACGCUGCUGCCCCUGGAUGCCAUCGACCUCACUGACAAGCUCGUCAACUACUACCUGGAGGAGUACAGCGCUGAGCUCACAGCGCUUGUGCUGCGUGACAUCGGCAUGAAGGAGGUGGCGGAGCAGCUGCAGAAGACCCUGCACAAGGGCCCUGGAGCCAAGCCAGCUGGGAUCAAAGCCCUUCCCCUGAAAGCAGACAACAAGCCAGCACUGCACUUCGUGGACCAGCAUCGGGCAGCCCUCAUCUCAAGGGUCACAGACGUGGACGGGGUGCUGGAUGCCCUGUACGGGAAGGUGCUGACGGAAGAGCAGUACCAGGCAGUGCGGGCGGAGCGCACCAACCCCACCAAAAUGAGGAGGCUCUUCAGCUUCACUCCGGCCUGGAACCUGACCUGCAAGGACCUGCUCCUUCAGGCCCUGAAGGACACCCAGCCCUACCUGGUGGCCGACCUGGAGCAGAGCUGACGCGGCUUCCCCAGCAGCGGCCCCACCUACAACCCCUGGUAGUUCUGGCCAACUUACCUGGAGUCUCUGAUCUUGUAUACACAAUAUAUGAAAAACCAGCUUGGA